AUGAUUCUCCAAUACCGUAACAUCAGCGGCUUUUCCCAAACCGAUCGCCUAAUCUUUCAAAUCUGCCUAUUCUUUGAAUUCUUCAUCUCAAUCUUUGUGAUUCUGACAUUCUUGAUCAGCGCAAAAUAUAUGAUCAAAUACAAUUUUCAUUUGAAUUUCAAAAUUAUCAUGCAUUUCACGAUGAUUGGAUUUGUGGUGGAUGUUGUGGCGAGAAUGAUUAUUAUUUUGUAUGAAGCUGAAGUUUUGGAUUUUGGUAGGGAAUUCGGGAAAUAUUUUGACCUAAAAUUAAUAGAAAUUUUUUUCACUGUUUCAAAAUUUUCAUGUUUUUGUAAAUUUCUGGUUGUUUUUCUAAAGUAUCAAAUUUUUCCAGAAAUCCCUGAAAUUCCAUCGAAACCUUGGCAAAAUGAAGUUAAUGAUCUGAUUUUUGUGUGUAGUUUGAUCAGAGUCUUCUACAUGGUUAUAAUUUCGAAUGCGUGAGUUUUUUUGGGUGAAUUUAAAGAUUGUCAAGGGUCUGUGCCUACAGAUUCACUAUGGCAAGUAGCCGAGCCUUGAGAGCGUCUAUGGCAAGUAGUCGCGCCUUGAGAGUUCAAUUGUCAAGGAUCAGCGGCUAGAGAAACUGGUUUUCAAGUAGCCGCGCCUAGGGAACCUGAUUGUCCAGGAACCGCAUCUAGGGAUCCACUCUGAGAAGAAGCCGCGCCUUACGAGCGUCUAUGUCAAGUAGCCGCGCCUAGAGAAUCAAGUCCUGUAGUAGCCGAGCCUAGAAAUUUCUAUUGUCAAGGAUCAACGCCUAGAGAUUCUAGUUUUCAAGUAGUCGAGCCUAUAGAACCUCAUUUUCUAGGAAGCUCAACUUGAGAUCCACUCUGACAAGAAGCCGCGCCUUAAGAGCGUCUCUGUCAAGUAGCCGCGCCUAGAGAACCUAGUUUUCAAGUAGCCGGGCUUAGAGUCUAAGUUUCAGCCAAACAAUUUUCAGAAUUUUCCAGACAUCUGCUGAUUUUGAUGUCUUAAACUUAAAUGCUACUUUCGGCCUGAAAAUCUUUUUUUUUUGUAAUUUUUUUUGUAAACUGAAAAUUCCAAAAAUCAAUAUUUUUGCAGAGCCCUAAUGUUUGCAUGUGAGCGAUAUUUCGCCACAAUUUUCAUCGAAAACUACGAAAAAACCUCUCGCUCCUGGAUUCCGAUUCUACUAAUUCUACCAACUUGUCUAGCUGCAAUCUUUGGUUCAAUAGUUUUUCAUUUCGAAUUUAUUCCACUUUGGUUCACUGGAUUUCUGGGAUUUUUCAUGAAUUUCACCAGUUUUUUCGCAUUUUUCGGAUUGUAUUUGGUGAAUUGGAAGAAGUUGCAAAUUAUUAAAACACGGGAGAUUAAUGAGAAAUAUAGUUUGAGUUAUCGAUUUCAGUUGAAUGAGAAUGUUAAAGUUAUGAGGGUGAGUUAGUUUUUGGGGAUGGGAAUUGGGAAAGAAAAUUUGAACUUGAAAAAAAUCUACUGUUUCAAUAAAAGUUCUUGGAACUUUUUGUUGUUGAAAAAUGUGACUAUUGAACUUUAAAAAAAUCCACUAUUUCAAAAAUGAAAUAAAUUUUUAACAAGUUUUCUUGCUUAUUGUUUGUACACCUGAUUCAUUUGUUUUAAAAAAUCCUGAUUUUCAAUUUUUAAAAAUUUUUUCAUGCCGAAUCUUCGUUUUGAGACCCAUCAGAAAAUAGAUUACCCAAAAAAGUUAUGAUAACUUCGCCCCGUUUGCGGAAAAAUUACAGUUUUUUUCAGUGGGUCAAAACGAUUUCCCUAUUUGUCACUACCAUUGAUUGUUCACUUAUUUUUGUAUUCAUUGGUGCUUCGCUUGAAAAUUUUGAAAAUAUUUCCGUUUAUUUUCAUUUUAUUCUCAAUCUUUCAUUGGUUAUUUAUGGACAAUCUGCUCUAUUUUUGGCACUUUUGUGUGAUAAAACUUUCAGGAAAAUUUUUCUGAAAAAUAAACAUAUUAGUAAGUUUUUUGGGGGGAAUUUUUGAAUUUUUUAGCGUGAAAAUUAUGAAUUCGAGGUUUUUUUGAUUCUCAGAAAAAUUCACUGUUUCAAAAAUAUUUCAAUUUUUUUGCGAAUUUUUCCUUGGCUACUUUUCCAAAAUUCGUAAAACAAUUUGACGCGAAAAAUCUAUGGUUACUGUAGCCUUUAUCGUUCUAGAACCCAAAAAUUAAUUUUUUAUUGAAAAAUUUAAAAUUUGAGCCGGAAAAUUAUGAAUUCGAGGUUUUUUUGAAUCUCAGAAAAGUUCACUGUUUCAAAAAUAUUUCAAUUUUUUUUGCGAAUUUUUCCCCGGGCUGAUCUUCUCUUCCAAAAUUGGGAAACAAAAUUCGUGAAACAAUUUGGCGCAAAAAAUCUAAGGUUACUGUUUUCAGCGAAAAAAAAACCUUUAUCGUUCUAGGACCCAAAAAUUAAUUUUUUUUUAAAUUUCUGAGCUCUAAGCCUGAAAAUUAUGAAUUCGAGGUUUUUUAGAAUUUGAAAAAAUUGACUGUUUCAAAAUUAUUUCUAAUUUUUUGCGAAUUUUAUUCUGAGCUGAUCUCGCACACGUUGAUGUACGCAACAAAAUUUGUGAAAAAAAAUAUUUUUGUCCGAAAAAACCUGGGGUCCUGUCUGUAGCUCUCUAGACUCCGAAAAUUAAUUUUUUAUUGAAAAAUUUAAAAUUUGAGCCUGAAAAUUAUACAUAAAUUUGAUUUUUUUUGGUCUUAGAAAAUUCACUGUUUCAAAAAUAUUUUGAAUUUUAAACGGUUUUUCCUAAGCUGAUAAUUCUACCUUCUAGACUCCGAAAAUUAAUUUUUUAUUGAAAAAUUUAAAAUUUGAGCCUGAAAAUCAUAAAUUUGAUUUUUCUGGGUUUCAGAAAAUUCAAUAUUUCAAAAAUAUUUGGAAUUUUAAACGGUUUUUUCCUGAGCUGGUAAUUCUAGCCUCUAGACUCCGAAAAUUGAAUUUUUUUUUGAAAAAUCUAAAAUUUGAGCCGGAAAAUUAUGAAUUCACUCAGAGAUUCGCUGGCCAGCUCGCCACCAGAUCGCUGCGGCCACCUGGAAACCGCAUGGCCGCCAGGUCGCCUUGAGUUUUCCGGCCAUGUGGCCUGUGUGUUUGAAAUUCUGGAAAGCUGGCAAGACAGUGGUUUGUACUCAAAACACUGCAUUUUCUACUGUUUUUUUCACUUCCUAAGGUUUUAAGUGCUGCGAAAAAACAGAAAAUGAGCCAAAUUGUUCGAAAAUGCCUCAAUUCACAAGUUUUUCAGACAUUUUCAUGAAAAUUCAUUUUGACGCGGCGAAGUGGCCACCACGUGGUAGCCAUGUGGCCGUGACCUAGCCAGAGCCUGGCCACCUUGCCAGCGAAAAAAACCGGGCGACAUGGUUUCCAUGUGGUUCCCAGGUCAGCCAGCCUCCCCACCUGGUGGCGAGCUGGCCAGCGAAUCUCUGAGCAAGGUUUAUUGGAUUUGAAAAAAGUUCACUGUUUCAAAAAUAUUUCAAUUUUUUUGCGAAUUUUUCCCGGGCUGAUCUUUUCUUCCAAAAUUGGGAAACAAAAUUCGUGAAACAUUUUGGAACGAAAAAAAUCUAAGAUUACUGUAGCCUUUAUCGUUCUAGGACCCAAAAAUUAAUUUUUUAUUGAAAAAUUUAAAAUUUGACCUGAAAAUUAUGAAUUCGAGGUUUUUUUGAAUCUCAGAAAAAUUCACUGUUUCAGUAAUAUUUCAAUUUUUUUGCGAAUUUUAUUCUGAGCUGAUCUUGUAUUGCGAGGCGGAAUAAAAUUUUUGAAAAGAAUUUGGCGCGUAAAAAUCAACCAUUACUGUAGUCUUCAUCGUUCUAGGACCCAAAGAUUAAUUUUUUAUUGAAAAAUCUAAAAUUCGAGCCUGAAAAUAAUAAAUUUGAUUUUUUUUGAUUUCAAAAAAAUUCACUGUUUCAAAAUUAUUUCUAACUUUUUGCGAAUUUUUCCUGGGCUGAUCUUUUCUUCCAAAAUUGGGAAACAAAAUUCGUAAAACAAUUUGACACGAAAAAAUCUAUGGUUACUGUAGCCUUUAUCGUUCUAGGACCCAAAAAUUAAUUUUUUUUUUCAAAAAAUAUGAAGUUUGAGCCUGAAAAUUAUAAAUUUGAUUUUUUGGGUUUCAGAAAAUCCACUGUUUCAAAAUUAUUUCUAAUUUUUUGCGAAUUUUUCCUGAGCUGGUAAUUCUAGCCUCUAGACUCCGAAAUUUGUUUUUUUAUCAAAAAAUCUGAAGUUUGAGCCUGAAAAUUAUAAAUUUGAUUUUUUUGGAUUUCAAAAAAUCCACUGUUUCAAAAUUAUUUGAACUUUUCAGCAGUUUUCCUCCUUACAAUGCAUCUCAAGAUGUGACAGCACAAAAAAUCAUUCCAAACUCAAAAAAAAAUGCUAACUUUUAUGAAUUUUUUCAAAUUUUUCAGUCUCAUAGUCCCAAAUUCAAUUUUUCAGGAUCCUUCACCUAUCCAUUUUUCAAUCGUUGGUUUCCCAAAGAUUUUGCGGCUCCACAAAAUCGAAGUCUAUCAACCAACGAAGAAACCGACAUCUAUUUCACAAAUUUAUCAAGUCAAUGGGCAAAAAUUGAUCUGAGAAAACCAGUGUUGCCGGAAAUUCGAAAACGAAAAAGUGGCGGGAAAUUGUACAAUUGGAUGAAGAAAUAUCGGAAAAAAUUGAAUCGGGUUGAAUCAAGUAAUGCUACUGUAACCUCUUUGUGA